AUGAGGCUGACCGCCUACAAGGCCCUCUCGAACGUUCACUACCCGCCCGACAUCAUCACCCAUGGAGUCGUGGACGAAUACCUCGGCCCCUGUGGUUAUACCAUCGACCGCACAGAGUAUAGCUUUCCGGGUUCUGACCAGCUCUGGCAUUCGCUCCUGCGCAGGCUCGAUGCCGAUUUCAGGCAAGAAAUCUACGUCUUUCAGCACCACCAGCAUAUACCACGGGAGCGAGAAGCUACCGAAAAGCUGAUUUCACUGGUUCGCUUUGACGGUCGUCCGAUCCAUCACUCGACGGCCUGA